GGAACAGUAUUUUUAAUGGUGAAAGACUGCUUUCUUUCCACGAUUGGGAACAAACCAAGGUUUAUCUGUUCUUACCACUCUCAUUCAACAUAGUGCUGUAAGUUCUAACCAUAGUAAUAAGGCAAGAAAAGGAAAUAAAAGACAUACAGAUCAUUAACAAAGAAAUGAAACUGUUCCUAUUUGCAGAGAACGUGAUUGUCUAUGAAGAAAAUCUCAAGAAUGAAGGGAAGAAAAGCUUUUAAAGCUAAGUAAGUUUAGUCAGGUUGCUGUAUACAAGGUAAAACAGACAAUUGUAUCACGUCAUAACAUGAACAUAUGGUCACUGAAGUUAAAAUACAGUACCAUUAAAAUUACUAAGAAAAGAAGAAAGCUGAAGAAAUUCUUAGGUGUAAAUCUAACAGAACAUGUAGGGUCUGUUUGCUGAAACUCACAAAAUGCUGAUGAAAGAAAUCGUAUACUGUCUAAAUAAAUGGAGAAGACAUACCGUGUUCAUGGAUUUGAGGAUUCAACAUAAUAAAGAUGUAAGUUCUCACCAAAUUGAUAUACAGGUUUAGUGGAAUCCUAGCAAAAUUUCAGCAAGAGCUUUGGAGAUAUAGACAAGAUUAUUCUAAAAUAUGCAUAGAAAGGCACAGGCUAUUUUAGAAUAGCUAAAUCAACUUUUAGCAUGAAGAAUGAAGUGAGAGGAGUUGGUUUACCUGAUUUCAAGUCCUGCUGUUUGGCUGCAGUGAUCAAACCUGUGUGUUUGAUCAGUAGAACAGAGAGCCCAGAAAUAAAACCAGCAUCAAUGUAUGGAGGGGAUUAAUAGUCUUGAACAUAUGGAACCAGGUUUCAGGUUAAAAGCAGGAUCCAACAGUCUCACUUGGGUGCCCCAGGACUGCCUUCUUUCUGCCUUGACUAGUGGCUUAAGUUGGUUAGUGAGCCUGGCUGGCUCUUGAGUGAGCAGGGAUGUGUUUGUGUUACAGGCACUGAUGGGCUUCUGGGAUGUGGCUGUGGCCUUCACCCAGAAGGAGUGGAAGCUAUUGAGUUUUGCUCAGAGGACCCUGUAUAGGGAAGUGAUGCUGGGUAAGUUAGCCAUCUGGUCUCGCUGGUUAAGGCUGGCCUGUUUAAGGUUUCAGAUUCUGCUUGUGCACAUUUUAAGCUCUUACAUAGCAGCUGCCGUGCUUCUGACUUGGAAAGAAAAACAGUUUUUUCCCUAUUCUCCUAGAAAAUGCUCAGCUUUUAUAGUGAAGUUGUGUGUGUGUGUGUGUGUGUGUGUGUGUGUGUGUGUGUGUGUGUUGUGUGUAUGUGGUAUGUCUGACACUGCAUUUUCAGGGCUGUUUACCCUGGCUGGUCUCCUCCGAAUUGCAUUUUCCAAACCAAAGCUCAUCACACAGCUGGAGCGAGGGGACGAACCUUGGAGAGAGGAGAACAAACAUCUUCUGGACCUUUGUCCAGAGCCUAGGACAGAAUUCCGGCCCAGUCUUCCCCGCCUGGUGGCCUUUUCUAGCUCGCAGCUCCUUAGACAAUAUGCGCUAAGUGGUCGUCCUACACAGAUCUCCCCCAGCUCAUCUGCAGGAAAUGACUUCCAACUAGAAGCUCCAAGCUGCUCUAGUGAAAAAGGAGAAAGUGGGAAGACAGAAGUCGCUGACACCUCAUUACGAAAGAGGCCAAGCAGAAUUUCUAGGACAUUCUUCAGCUCACAUCAAGGUGACCCAGUAGAAUGGGUGGAAGACAACAGAGAAGGAGGAAUAGACCUUUGCCUGGCCCGGCGGAUGAGUCCUGGGGGCUCAGACACAAUGUUGAAGGGAGUAGGCACCUCAGAAUCUGGAGCAGUCACACGUGGAAAUUGUAGACUGGGACUUAGCAAAAAGUCAAGCCUGUUGAGCCACCAGAAGCAUCUUGUGUGCCCUGAAUGUGGGAGAGGCUUUUGCAAGAGAUCAGACCUCAUCAAGCACCAGAGGACGCACACCGGGGAGAAGCCGUACCUGUGUUCUGAGUGCGGGCGUCAGUUGAGUCAGAAGGCCUCGCUCUCCAUACACCAGAGGAAGCACUCAGGGGAGAAGCCAUAUGUGUGCAGGGAAUGUGGGCGACACUUCAGGUAUACAUCCUCUCUGACUAAUCACAAGAGGGUUCACUCCGGGGAGAGGCCCUUUGUAUGUCAGGAGUGUGGGCGAGGCUUCCGCCAGAAGAUAGCCCUCAUUCUACACCAGAGGACACACUUGGAAGAGAAGCCCUUCGUGUGUCCCCAGUAUGGGAGAGGCUUUUGCCAGAAAGCGUCACUCCUCCAGCACCAGAGCUCACACACUGGUGAGAGGCCCUUCCUGUGCCUUGAGUGUGGGUGUGGCUUCAGGCAGCAGUCACUCCUCCUUAGUCAUCAGGUCACACACUCAGGAGAGAAGCCUUAUGUCUAUGCUGAGUGUGGGCACAGCUUUGGCCAGAAGGUCACUCUCGUCAGGCACCAGAGGACACACACAGGGGAGAAGCCCUACCUGUGCCCUGACUGUGGGUGUGACUUUGGUCAGAAGGUCACCCUCAUCAGACAUCAGAGGACACACACAGGGGAGAAGCCUUAUCUGUGCUUGGAGUGUGGGCGUGCCUUUGGCUUUAAGUCACUCCUCACCCGACACCAGAGGACACACUCAGAGGAGGAGCUUUAUGUAGACAGGAUGUGUGGGCAAGGACUUGGUCAGAAGUCACACCUUAUCUCUGACCAAAGGACACACUCAGGAGAGAAGCCCUGCGUUUGUGAUGAGUGUGGGCGUGGCUUCGGCUUUAAAUCUGCCCUCAUCCGACAUCAGCGGACCCAUUCUGGGGAGAAGCCCUAUGUCUGCAAGGAGUGUGGGCGUGGCUUUAGCCAGAAGUCUCACUUGCAUAGACACAGGAGGACCAAGUCUGGCCAUCAGCUCCUACCACAAUAGGUCUUCUGACCUUUCCUUUCCUCGACAGGGUGAAGCUGGCAGAAAUCCUAGUAAAUGCUUCAGUUUCCUGAAAUGGAACAGAAACAAAAAA